AUGGAGACCAACGAACCCAGCAGCAGUUUCUCUUAUUUCUACAACACUGACCUUGUUUGUUCUCUUCCAGGAAUCACACUGUGGGACGGGGAUGAUCUGAAGAGACACAUACGAGAAAGACCACAGAGAUUUAACACCUUUGCAAUUGAUGCAUCUGAUUUAACUGAAAGCCAAUUUUCAGCACUGGAUGUUAACGGAUCACUAAAAGCAAGUGUCCUGUCAGGUCUGGUAAAGGCUGAAGGUUCUGCCAAAUACCUAGAUCAUGAAAAGACAAACAACAAUCAAUGCAGGUUAACCCUGGUCUAUAAGGUUACAACCAAAAUUCAGGAGCUGUCGAUGGAACAUCUUGGACAAAACAACAUUAGGCAUAAAGACCAAUCUGAUAAGACCUUAGCAACACAUGUAGUCACAGCUAUUCUUUACGGAGCCCAGGCAUUCUUUGUAUUUGAAAGGGAGGUUUCUGAAAAUGAAAGUCUUCAAGAUAUUCAGGGAGAAGGAAAGGCAAAACUGUUUGGUUUUAAAUAUGCAGCUUCAUGGAAAAGUGCAAAUAAAGCUAUGAGAAGUGCUGAGAACUUUGCCUGCAGCUUCUAUGGAGACUUCAAACUUGAGAAAACACCCAGAACUUUCCAGGAUGCCAUGCAAGUUUAUCACAGUCUGCCAAGCCUUCUGGGACCCAAUGGAGAGAACGCUGUACCAUUGAAAGUCUGGUUAUUGCCUCUGAGCAGUUUAAAUGUUUCUGCUCAAAUCUUCCGUCCAGUCAGUGGAUGGUUCCUUCAGUUGAUCAACGAUGUAAUGGUUGAUUUCAAUCAGCUGGAUAUGAGAGGUAGAGCAAAGGAAGCAGAGCUAGCAGAGACCUUGAAGGGCAGGACUUCAUUUGUCUUCACGAUUAACAAGUUGAUUGAUUUUAAAGAGCAAGAAAUCUCUGUGCUCAAACUUUUUAAAAAUACAGGAAAAAACAUCAAGUCUCUUCGAUCGAAGAGUGACUUGUGGCAGGAAACUGGAAGCAGUGCGAGUGAAUCCAUUAAAUAUCAUGUCUGCUUUAUCUUCACCUCACUGGGAGACAUCCAAGCUUUAUCGCAUUACUUAAAGACAAACCAAGCAGAAAAUCCAGGUAUCUGUGAAAUAACCAAGGAACCAUGGUUCUCCUCACCAGAAGCAGCAAAGACUAUGUGGACAAAGGCAAAACUCUUCAGGGAUUUUGCAGAAGCCAGCAAGAACAACCAGCAGACAAAGUUCCUUACGGUUGGCUUAAGAGAUGAUAAGCAUGAAGGUUCAACCAUCUACCUCUAUGAGGAUAGUGUUCUUGUCAAUGAGAACUUUAAGCCUCCUUCAGAGCCUGAAACUGUGACAGCAGCUGACGUUACCCACAACAGUGUGACUCUGAAGGUUUCUCCUCCCAGUUCUGGAGCAGAGAGCAUCACCUCCUACUCUGUGGAGGUCUGUGUCCACGGAGAAGAUGGAUGGAAGCAGAUUACUGGAGCAAAAGAAGGAGAAUCUCUGGUUGAAGACCUGAAACCAAACACAGAAUACGUGUUCAGAUGCAGGGCUAAUAUCCCAGCCGGUGUUGGACCGGCCUUUGAAGUCAGGGACAGAAUCAGAACUUUACCCUGCAGCCCUCCUGGAGAACUUCAUGUAGAACCAAACUUAUUUGAUGCUUCAGUUACCUGGAAGAAACCAUCUGAGAUAGGACAGAAUGUUCAGAUUUUAAACUACAUCUUGGAGUAUGCAGAGAUGAGAGAUACCAGUCCAGUCCAGUGGAACCAGUUAAUGCCAAAAACCCAAACAGAGACAAUCUUAGAUCUUCAGUCUGACACACAAUAUGCCAUCCGGGUCUGUUGUGAUUGUGGAGAAGAUGGAAGAAGCAGAGAAAGUGAAACUGUUGUCUGCAGAACAUUACAACCAUAUCAACUGCAACUGCAGGAUAUUCUGCAGGAUUUUCCAGACCUGGAAGCCAGGUGGGAAAAAGCCCAGAAGUCCAUCCAAGCUCAGAGGUUCCAGGAGAUUCAAGAAAAACUGAGAACUUUCAAAAACCUCCACACAGUGUAUAAGCAGGUGAUCCUAAACAAGUUGAAAGAGGAAGUUCCAUCGGUACUGGACAAGAAGGGAAACCUGCAGGUUAUUAUGAAUAGGAGGGAAAUGAGAAAUUUGACUCCCUUCAGCAAGAACAACCUGAACAGGUGGAUGCUUUGGAAGGAGAAGGAGAUCAAUGUUCUGGAAGCUCUGACCAACAUGAUGCCAAACAUUGAGAUUAUCUCCUCACAGAAUCUGUUCAAUGAGAUUAUUAACACUGCAGGUCAGGUUCUGUGUUUUGUCUUCACCUCACUGGGGACUGAUGACCCAUUACUCUCAGCUUUAUCAGCCUACCUGGGAGGAACUCAACCAGAGGAUCUUCAUGAUGUAGACAAGGAGCCAUGGUUCGCCUCAAAGAAGGUUCUGUGCAAAAUCAGACUUAAAGCACAACUAUUCAGGGAUUUUGCAGAAGCUAACAAGGAAAACCAACAGAUUAAGUUCCUGGCAUUGAGUUUAACAGUCGAAAGCAGUGAAGGUUCAACCAUCUACCUCUAUGAGGAUACCGUUCUUGUCAAUGAGAACUUUGAGCCUCCUUCAAAGCCUGAAACUGUGACGGCAGCUGACGUUACCCACAACAGUGUGACUCUGAAGGUUUCUCCUCCCAGGUCUGGAGCAGAGAGCAUCACCUCAUACUCUGUGGAGGUCUGUGUCCAUGGAGAAGAUGGAUGGAAGCAGAUGGCUGCACCAAAAGACGGAGAAAUAAUAAUUGAAGUCUUAGAACCAAAAACAGAGUAUGUCUUCAGAUGCAGAGCAGUGACCUCAGCUGGUGUUGGACCGGCCUAUGAAGUCAGGAACCCAAUCAGAACUUUACCCUGCAGCCCUCCCCAAGAACUUCACGUACAACCAAACUUACUUGAUGCUUCAGUUACCUGGAAGAAACCAUCUGAGAUAGGACCAGAUAUUCAGAUUUUACACUACAUCUUGGAGUAUGCAGAGAUGGGAGAUACCAGUCCAGUCCAGUGGAACAGGUUAAUGCCUAAAACCCAAAGAGUGACCAUCUCAGAUCUUCAGUCUGACACACAAUAUGCCAUCAGGGUCAGUUGUGAUUGUGGAGAAGCUGGAAUGAGCAGAGAAAGCAUCACUGCUCAUUUUUCUACAACAAGAUCUGCAGAACAGCUGAGACGCAGGAGCCAACUGAUCAGCCCUGGAACUCCCUCUGUUUUCAAACUUCCUCUUAUAGAAGAACACAUCAACAUCAAUGGCUGCAGGAAGUUUGCAUGUGGAGAAGCCAAUGAGAAGCAGAAUCGGACCAUAGUUCUUCUAGGACUGUCCAGAUAUGGAGCGUCAAACUUCAUCAAUGGAAUGAUCAACUACAUAGUUGGUGUGGAGUGGGAGGACAGCUUCAGGUUUAAGCUGGUUGAGGAGGAGUGUGUGACCUCUGAGGUCACUGUGUACCAAAUCUUCCACCAGGAAGGAUUCAGAACCGAUUACUCUCUGACUGUCAUUGAUACCCCUAAGGAGCUUUCUUUUGAGUAUGAUUUUAAAAGAAGUGCAGAAAUACGAAGUGACAGACGGAUCUCUGAGCUUCUGGGUCGUCUCUUCUGUUGUCCAGAAGGUGUGAGUGAAGCUGCUGCUGUGUGUCUAACAGUAGGAGCUGAUUCUGAUGAACUAACACCAGAACAAAGACACAGAACGGACUCCCUUUUAUCUGUCUUUGGCAAAGACAUGUUAGAAAACAUCAGGGUUCUGGUUACAGGUGCAGAUGGUCAGUUGCCUCCAGUUCUGGAGUCUAUCAUAGCUUCAGGUGUCCCAUGUCCUAAAAAUAAAGACGGGCUGCCGAUCCACUUCAAGUUCAAUGAGUCGGCUCUGUUUGCAGACAACAACGCUGCUGCUGAAGGAAACCAGUGGGCAGAGGACCCAGAGGAAGCUGAAAGCUUUGACCAGAUAUUCUGGAACAUGAACACAAAAAGCAUGAAGAGAUUCUUUGAUGAUCUGAAAGUAAUGAAGAGCAAAGACUUGUUUCCAGUGAAGGAGAUAAUCAGAGAAAGAACAGAGCUGGAAGAGCAAGUGGAAAACCUCCAGGAGCGGAUUAAAGGCAGAAUAGGAGAGCUGGUGGGGACCAGAGCUUCUAAAAUGCAAUCAGUUGGUAACAUCUUUGUGAAUUGUCAGCAGUGUCACAUGACCUGUCAAACGUCAAGGUGGGCAAUAUUGGCUGAAAACGGAUUCUGCACCGAGUGUCCUGGCAGAUGUUACCGCAGUGUCCAUUUCAUCCAGGACUACAGAUGGCGCUACGAGAAGGCAGAAGACAUCCACAUAUCAAUAAUCUCCCGGGACGUCUUCGAUGAGGUGAUCCAAUGGAUGAAGACGUCUUCAGAGUGUUUAAACAAAUUGAAGGAAAUCUCCCUGAAGCCAGAUCUGCUCUCAGUGAGAGAGUAUGUGAAUCUGAUUAUUGAAGGAGAGAGAAAAGAGGCCGAACCAGGCUGGAGGAGACGGGUUAGAGUACUGAUUUUGCUCAAACACCAUAUUGAUAGCUGUGCAAUUUCCUGA